GAACACACUGAAGUGUGUCCGCAAAUUUAAACUAGUGUAAACCUGUUUGAACAAGUCUAAAUGGUGUCUAACAUUCAUUGGGGAGAAGCACUUACCCUGCAUGGAUUCCAGAGAUCCAUCAUUUGGACAGAAUGAUUCACUGGCAACUUUGCCGAUCACAGUGCGCAUAGCAGAAAAUUCCCUUCCAUCCCAGAAUGCUCCAGCAGAGUUGUCCCAAUCUCGAUCUCUUCUGCCCGAGCAGUUCCAUCUAAUAGAUCAGAACGGACAACCCAUCCAGUAUGAACUACAGACCUUAGGGGAUUCUAAUACACAGGUGAUGAUUGUUGCCAGCCAGUCAGAAAAUGGACAGGUGCUUCAUGUAAUCCCAUCUUCCCAGCCAGGAAUGGCACAAGUGAUGAUUCCUCAGGGGCAGCUUUUGGAUGUGACAAAUUCUCAGGGUGUUUCGGAAGAGAGACCCAAAGAUGGGAAUUUUCAGACAGUAGCGGUGGCUGCAAUCGCCGACAAUGCAAGUAGUUACAUCCUUCAUCCACAAGCAUCCCUCAUGUUGCCUAAAAAGGCAGGAAACAGAAUAGUGGAAGACCCCUUUCCUGUUCCUCUCCAGGCACUUCCUCCCAACACUCCUCCGUGGGCCCGGCGUCUCAGGAACUGUGAGAAAAUUGGGGAUUCAUUCCGUGGCUUCUGCGUGAGUGAGACGGAGUUAGAAAGUGUGCUCACAGUUCACAAACAGCAAACCCAGAGUGUGUGGGGGACCCGCCAGUCUCCAAGCCCAGCCAAGCCUGCUACACGGUUGAUGUGGAAAUCCCAAUAUGUCCCAUACGAUGGAAUCCCGUUUGUCAAUGCAGGAAGCAGAGCCAUAGUGAUGGAAUGUCAAUAUGGACCAAGGAGAAAAGGUUUUCAGCCCAAAAGAACUGGCGAACAGGAAAACACUUCCUGUCAGCAUUACAAAGCUACUUGUCCAGCACGGAUCUACAUUAAGAAGGUCCAAAAGUUUCCAGAAUAUAGAGUUCCCACUGACCCCAAAAUUGAUAAGAAAAUCAUAAGAAUGGAGCAGGAAAAAGCCUUCAAUAUGCUGAAGAAGAACUUGAUAGCUGCUGGAGGGGUUCUCAGGUGGUACGUGCAGUUACCCACCCAGCAAGCUCACCAGUAUCACGAAUUAGACACCUCCUGCCUUCCAUCUUCACCCUCCCCAUUCCCCGUGUCUGCCGCCGAAGAAGAGGAGGAGGCGAAUCGAGACGAAAACGGCCUUCUACCUUCCCGCCUGCACCCGCAAGUGGCAGAUAAGAUCCGAGAAUUGGUGUCUCAGGGAAUAGAGCAGGUCUAUGCUGUGAGGAAACAGCUAAGGAAGUUUGUAGAACGAGAACUGUUCAAGCCAGAUGAGGUACCGGAAAGGCACAAUUUGUCCUUCUUUCCAACUGUGAAUGAUAUAAAAAAUCAUAUCCACGAGGUGCAGAAGUCAUUGAGAAACGGAGAGCUGGCGUUCGACUCGGAAACAAUUCCAGCAACGCUUCAGUGGACCACCGAUGGUGGAAACGUUCUCACAGAGACUGUCACCGUUACAUUUGCAUCACCGCCCAGAGAGGGAAACUCACCAGGGGAAUCGGUUGUCACCAAAGUGGAAGCAAAUCAGACGGGGGAAUCUUUGUCUACAGAGACAGCCCAGUUGCUCUCUUCCCUCUCCUCUCUUCAGCCCAAAAUAUUUGCACAGUUACAGGGUUUCCAUUUGCAGCCGACAUUCCCCCCGACCGACGGAGCGACCGCGUUGAUCUCAGUGAACCUCCCGCCCCGGCCGAGGUCCGCAAGUCUUCUGGAGGCCGCGGGGAAUGCCAGAACUUCCCGUUCUCUGAUCCUCAGUCAGGGCCGUAACCUCCAGGGUGGAGCAGGAGCUGGUCUGAACCAGACCAACAGGACUCGGGCCUCCUCUGGCCGGAAAAAAUUAAACCUUCCAGGACCGGAUAAGAGCCCAGUUGCAGUGGGCCAGCUGGUGGCAGUUGGAGGGGUGGAGGACUCGGGAAGCCUCGAGGGAAACGUUCAUCAGAUUUUCCUGGGGGACGUGCAGGCCAUCCCAGUUCGUAUUGUAGACGGCCAUCCCGUGCUCGUCGAAGAAAAUCCGGAGGGAGCUAUCUGCAUAAGCCGAGUUAAGCAAGAACCCAGCGAACAAGCGCUGUCCAUGGAAACAGAAAAAAUCCUGGACUGCCAAGGUCCACAGUAGGCAACUAAAGAUGGCAAGCCUGUGGUCAGCCUUCCUCUCAGUGACAGAGUCUUCCGAAGGCUGUUCAGGCCUCUGAGAGUGGGUGAACGCAUGCGAAAGCUGUCGACUCAAACACAGAGAAGUGAUGUAGAAUACGUGGGUCUUUGGUUCUGGUGCUGCUUCUAAUAAUGAUGCUGACCAAGCCCAUGUGUCUUCUGUUUUUUUUGUAUAUGCUGUAAAGAAACACACUUCGUCAUGUGGAAAGGAAGAUUGUGUUUCAAACUGUACAGAAAUGUAUAUUUACUGUAACUGAAUGUAUAGUGUUCUUGUUAUGUUCUCUUGUACACUUGUUUUUAAAGAAACAGCCUGUUAUUUUUUUAAAGCAU